CUAAAAAACAGGACUGGUUUAUUAUCUCCCUCGUGACAUGGGGUUGGCUGACAGCCCUGCCUCCUUCCCACUGUCCCGUAACAAGCACCAUUUAAUCUUUUUUAACCGUGUACUAUUAAUUUACUGGAAACAUGGACAGCGCUGUGCAAAUACUUGCUUAUGGAAAUGAUUUCAAUGUGGGUUUUUUUUUAAUGUUCUAUUUCAUCGUUUCCAGCCAACUAACGGGAGAAAAGUUCAUUUGAUUCAUUAUGCAAUUUCUAAACAAAUCCAACUGUUAUCAAGUGAACAAAAAAAAGGAAAUUGUGCAAGUCUGGGUGAAAUGUUUGUAUCCUGCUGGAGCUAGGGUGAGGGGAUUAUGGUUUAGUGCCGUCUUGCUUUGCUGCUCUUGCUUUUCUUCUUAGGAGAGAGCCCCCUGGAAACCAACUCUGCUGACGGCCACUCCAUGUAUAUCCAGCCGAGGGACUAUAUACUUGCUGAGAGAAGCAAACCAUGAAAAACUGCUGUUUAAAAAGUCUGUCCUUCUUGCCAUUACUUUGUACUGUUUGGAUUUUUAUCAGUCUUGGAACAGCGUAUGUUAUAGCGCGGCAUUUUGGGCACAUCAACACAUUUGUGCCGUACAUAAGUGGGCUAGCAAAGUAUUUUCCAGAAGUAAUCUUUACAGAAGUUGCAUUCACUAUCACCAGCUGUUUGGAUGCUGUAAUAUACUAUUCAGAAUAUAAAUACAAGAAGAUUUACGAUCCCAAAUCAAGUCAGAUUUGCAACAUAGUCAUGUUAUUUCUUGGAUUUCUGGCCUGUCUGGGGAUGCUUCUAGCUACGCACGUUUCUUCACUGAUAUCGAGCCCCAUUCAUUUAGUGGGAGCCAUUUUGGGCAUGGGAGUAGGAGCCGUGUACAAUAUGUGUCACACUAUCUGGUACUGCAGGUCAGCGAAUUGGAGGGAUUCUUACUACACAUGGCGGACGGGUAUAACUCUCAUCACUGCGGUUCCAAUAAUAACAUUCAUUAUAUUCAAGCAGAUUGGCUGCUCAGUACUGAAGGCAUGCAACCAAAAUGACAUGAACAUAUUUUUUGCCAUCCAUGAGUGGGUGAUAAUGGUUGGACUUUGCUGCUAUAAGCUCACCUUUGCCCAGGAACUUCAGCACCUAUGUCUGAAAUACCCACAAAACCUCAAGGAUGACUGGAUAUGCAAGAGUGAAACAUUCAUGAAUGAUGAAGAGCUUACAGUCUGAAGAGAUUGUGGUCAACAGUCACCGAUAAACCACCCAGGAGAGUAUGCAGUGUGCAGCCAUUAAAGAGGAAGAGCUCAAAGCUAUUUAUGUACAGACCAAAGAAGGCUAAUGAUCAUUUACCAGGAAUCUUAUAUUAAGAAAAACUCUGAAUACUGUACCUUUGUUGAAGAGAAAGUGUAGCCAAUCAAACUACAGAAAAAGGGCAAAAUAUAUAGCCAUAGGCCCAAAUGAUACACGUUAGAGCAGGCCUGGACUGGAAUUCAAAACAGGCCCUGGUAUUUCAACUUCACAGAGGGCCAAAUAGCCCCCCAUUAGCCCAAUAAAUAGUGACUCUGGCAUCUGCCAGAACCCACGCACCGCAGUGGCGAUGUAUAGACCAUUUAUACUUGCGGUUCCCUAAAUGCAGGGCAGGCCCGCAGGGGUUGCAAAUCAGUGGAAGGGAGGGCCAGCCUCUAGGACAACAAUCACAAAAUGUGAUAAAGUUUGCACUGGAAACUGAAUUGUUUCCAAGUAAAAAAAAAAAAUUCAAGUGAAAUCUCAGAUUUUGAAGUGUUAGCAGUGCAAUUUGAGGAAGACGGUAUCCUUUACAUACCUAGUAGGGGAACGUCUACAUUAACUGGACUUGCAAAAAAUAUUCAGCUUCAAAUAUUUUUCAGCAUAAAGUUUACUUGAAUUUGGACAUUUCAGUUAUUAAAUCCAAGUUUUAUUAAAAAAGU